UCAGCUCUGAAAAGAUCUUUUGAGGUCGAGGAGGUAGAUCAGUCUUCAAAUUCCUCCACCCCACAAAGGCGGACCCCGAACCCCCUCCUCAGGUCCACCGUGUCCAGCUCCACACAGAAGUUUCAGGAACUUGGCGCCAGGAAUUCAGAGCCAUCCGCUCGACAUGCGGACCCCACAGGCCAGAGAUCACCCAAGCCCUCUCUAAGGAGAGUGGAGCUCUCUGGACCCAAACUGCCCGAGCCGGUGUCCAGAAGAACAGAAAUCUCCAUUGACAUCUCAUCCAAGCAGGUGGAGAACUCCACCUCAGGGUUGUCAAGGUUUGGCCUCAAAAGAGCAGAUGUCCUGGGGCACAAACCCCCGGAGCCCACCCCAAGGAGGACUGAGAUCACCCUCGGCAAGCCCCAGGAGCCGGGUCUCCGGAGGGUGGAGGCGCCGGCAUCAAAGAUCCCCGAGAUGCCCCAGCGGAGAGCCGAGAUGGCCAACGCUCCCGUGCCCGACACGGCCACCAAGCGCGUGGAAAUUCAGGUAGCGAAGGCUGCCGAGGUCCCAGCCCCACCGGCGCGGCAAGUGGAGGGCUCGGAGCCUCCCCUGGCCACCCAGCCUCCCCAGGCAGAGCCAAAGCCGCAGCCGGUGCUGAUGGAGAGCCCACCGAAGAGAGAAGAAG